UACAGUUCAGUCAGUAAAGUCUAAAAUGACAUCACCCCAACCGCAACCUCGAAGAAAGAGAUUUAUACCAAAAUAUGAAGUAGAGGGUGUCUAUAAAGUAGUAUUAGAAGAGGAAACACAAAUACAAAUAGAAAUGGUUAUUGGUACACAUAUCAACGCUCAAUACCCCUGGAACCUUGUAAGUAAAGCUAAAAUAAUAGAGUCUAUAGAUGUAGGUGGAGAACUCUCAGAAUUGUUUCCUAUAAAAGAGCAAAUUGAAGCUUAUACUGAUGAAUUUAUUCUUAUGGGAUAUAUUGCCGAUGAAUCCAAUGAUGUUGAUGAAUUUUAUGUUUGCUGUACAACAGAAGCAAGAGAUCAUUGUAAACAACAGUCUGACAGAUUUAUUAAGAGGCAAGAGAAAAAACUGGAGAAAGCUGUUCAAAAGAAACCAAGACCAUGGAAAAGUUUAGGAAGUGAAGUCGAAAUAUUAGAACUACUACCUGUCAAUACAAGACCAUUAAUGGAAAUGGAAAUAAAAGCAAAAUUUCCGAAAGAUUAUCAGCCCGUUUCAUUUAAAAUUAGAGACUCAGAUGGAGCUCGUGAUGGUUAUAUCGAAUUGACUCCUUACAGACAGAGAUUUAAUAAUGUUUAUAGAAGUAGAGUUGAUUGUGGAUCCCAAGCAGCGCCAUCCAAAUGUCAUAGAUCAGCUCAAACUGAACUUAGAUAUCCUCAAAAUAUGUGGACUCAGUCAAUUGCCGAUGCUCUUGGAAAAGUUGGUGAUAUUGAAGCUGGAGGUGAUACUAGCAUAGGAGGAGCAGCUGAACAAGAACACAUAGAAGAUAAGAGUUCUGAUGACGACGAAGAAGAAGAUAAAGAACUUCCUGAUGAAGUCGGAUUAGCUGCUUAUAGAACUGCUUUGAAAUGCAUGCGUAGAGCGUCGUAUAUAAAAACGAUUAAUAAUUUCUUGACUACAAAAAAAAAUGAAAUGGAUUCAAUUGUAGAAUUGAAUACAGUAAUGGAUAUGUAUUGUAACGAUUAUCCUAAUUUAGUAGUUGAAAAAACUAUAGACAUCUAUGACUCGAUGACAUUUGAAGAAUAUGUAUGUUUCACUGAUGUAAGAGCCAAAGAUAAAUAUAUAUCAUCUGCAGUUUUUCAUCCGAUGUGGUCGGGUAUUGUAGCUAUAUGUUAUUCAGAUGGAUCACCUUCAGUUAUGAAAACUCCUAGUACCCGGCCUGACCCAAUUCAAAGAGCUGUGUAUGGUUUAAAUCCAGUUAUGAUUUGGAGUCAUAUUGAUAGUUUGAUUCCAAAACUAUAUUUAGAGUCACCACGAGAGGUUAAAGUACUUUCAUUUUGCCCAUUUGAUGAAAAUAUUUUAAUUGGUGGAUGUAUAAAUGGACAAAUUGUAAUUUGGGAUCUGACUAAUAAAUUAGAAAAUGUAGAGAAGGUUGAAAUUUUAAGUGAAACAAGAGAAAAAUAUCAUAUUGCCAUGAAUGCACAUAUGGGUUGGAUGAAAUCUGUGCAAGAUAAUGCUGUAGUACAAGCAACCGCAUUAAGUAAUUUAAUGACAAGUCACUAUGGGCCUGUGACAGCUAUUAAUUGGCUAUCGCCAAAUUUUAUGAUUACUCCUACUGGUAAAGCCAAUAUAAUGAACGAUCAGAAGAAGUCUAUGAUGUUUUUGACUGGUUCAGAAGACGGAAAUAUUCUAAUAUGGAAUUUAUCUGUAGAGAACGUUGUGUUAUUUGAUGGUAAGAAAGUUAAGAAAUCCAAAAGAGUAUUAAAAAGACCUUCCGGUUUAUUAGUAGAUGUUUCACCAUAUAAAGUAUUAGAUCGUAAUUUGCAACCAACUUAUAAAAUAAUUUUAGGGAUUGCUGGUCAGCCACAGAUUUUGAGUUUGCAAACUUUUGCAAUGAAUGCCCCUCUUAUUAAAUAUAUUUACAUACCAAGAAAUACAGGCAGUGGGCGGAAAUAUUUUAAUUGCGAAAUUGUUUCACAAAGUGAGGAUGAGAUAUCCACGAUUUUAUAUUGUGGUUCUCAGCACGGUGAGUUAAGGCGUAUUACGUGGGAGGGUCACGAAUUCAAUACUGGAGAAGUAGUUAAUUCUGAAUAUUGUGAAAUUAAAUUUAGAUGCUGUAUACAUGAUGGUAUUAUAUCAUGUACACAAAGAAAUCCCUUUAUAAAUCACUUGACAUUGACAGUUGGUGGAAAAAUAUUUGCAAUUUGGUCUGAUAAAUUACUAGAUAGACCAUUAAUAUGGAAGAAACGACCAUAUCGUCUUACAGAUGGAGCUUGGUCAUUGUAUAAACCUAGUUUAUUGUUUGUGGCUACGUCAGAAGGUGAUCUUGAGACAUGGGAUUUGUUACUCAGGAGUGAUAAACCAAUAUCAAUACAAACCCUUUCUGGUACGAUGCUUACCGGAGUUAGUCUCCAUACAUUGCCAUUAGUCAAAAAUAUUAUUGGUGUUAGUGACAUUAAUGGUUCGUUUAGAAUGUUUUUAGAUCCACCAAUAUUUAUGAUUGAGAAUUCAUUAUAUAUUGGUCGAAUGGAUGGUAUGAUUUUAAGAGAACUGAAAGUGAUGCAGUCAUUUAUAUCAUGGCAAGAGGAGUGGAUGAAAAAUAAUCCGCAUAUAUUAUUAGAGAUAAAGCGAAAAGAAGGAGCUUUAUUAGCCGAGAAAGAAGAACAAAGACGGAAACAGAGAGAAGAAGAAGAAAAGAGAUUGGAAGAGGAAGCAGAAGCAAGACGGCAACAAAAACUGAGAGUAGUUGGUCCAGAAGAAAGAUGGCAAAAAAUAAUACAAAAGUUAAUAGAAAGGACUAUCGCUGUGAAAAAAAGAAUUAAUAGAGCAGAGCUGAUUGAACAUGAAAAGCCAUUAAGAGAAUUGGAAAGUCAGCGUUUAGAGAAAGAAAGAAGAAUGCUUGAAAUUAUGAAAAAUCAGAAUACUAUUUUUAAUGACACUGUUGCUAUUUUAUUCCCAGAAGCAAUUAAAAAACAGGAAAAAGUACAGAAAAGCCUUUUAUCUGAUGAUAAAGAAGGACUUAAGAAAGAAUAUUUACAAGAUUAUGAAUAUUUAAAGACUACUGCUCUCAAUACUGUAAGGGAUAAUCCUUAUAAAGUAAAGUUCUCUUGGGAGGGGACACUGGCAGAAGGUAAAGAGAGAAGGCAAGCUCUGAAUGCUAAUGAAGACUACAUUUCCAUGCAUAGGAUGAGAAUUGCAGAGGAAGGUAGGGAACCACAGUUAUUCUCUCCUAUCAAAGUUAAGAGAGUGGAACCAGUAAGUUCAGGUGCUGAAAUUGCGAAAGAAUAA